GAUGAUGUACUUUUGUGAUGUGUGUUAGUGUUGGCGAGAUGUUACCAUACUUUAAAAAAAUUCAAAGUUAUCGUGCUUUUAAAAUUCGUCCUAAGUACGCUAUCGACACGGUAUCGAAUGGAUUUUUUUUUUAUAAACGUUGAAUAAUAUUAUUGAAACUCAACACUAUCGAUAGUAUCGAUAAUCGUCAUUACUGGUCGAUUGUACAUGGAUGUCAGACUAAGCCGUCAUGCAUACGCGUGUAGUUACAUGUUAAGCCAGGUUUGUUGUAAUGGAACAAUAUUACUGUUCGUUUCCCAGCAGUAACUCGUCGUGGACUCCGGUACGUCAUUCUGUUGUAGCUUUACUUAAUUACAACAUUGUUAUCGCAUUUGGUGAAAUUGUGUUCAUUACGUAAAGCUUUUACUGCGGUUUUUCAUGUUUCAGAUAUGGUCAAUACUUUAAAAAGACAAGUGAACAAUAUGAAUACUAAUAAUACUGAAAUCAUCGAUCUUAAUGAUGAAGAUGCGGAUGUGACUUGGGGUGGGAAAAGGACAAGAUAUGUUUAUAACUAUACUUUGGAGUGUGCUGAUUUAAUUUCAGACACAAAUGAUUCUGAUGUCACAGAAAGUGUCCACAGUGUUCAAUCAAAAACUACAAUGGAAGCAAUAAGUGAAGCGGAUCUUUCAUCUGAUUGUGGAAGUGAUUGCGAGUGUGUAAACCGAAUACGCGAAACUGAAUUUGAUGUGUUAAGCACAUCAUCGUCUUGCCUUAAUAUGGAAUCCAGUUCAUCAGAUUCCUCAACAUUAAUAGAUUUUAAGGUAACUAAAAGUAUUAUAAAUUGUGAUAAUACUUAUCUUGAUAAAACAAUACUUACUGACAAUGGUUACUGUGCUGAUGAUACAGAUGGUCAAAUAGCUUCUUCUUCUAAGACAACUCUACCUCCACCGGCGUGUUUUAAAAACUGCUUACAGUGCCACAAUAAAAACCCAAAUCCCUACUUCCAGUACUGUUUUGUUUGUUUUCGAUAUAGAAUGGAGUUUUUUGGUAAUAAACCUCGUUCUAAGACAAAAAAUGUCAAACGGUUAAAUACAUCUAAGCCUAGAAAAGAGAGCACCUUACUUGGAGAUUUUCAAGAAUCCAAUCAAUCGAAUUCCUUACAAGAUGAUUCAACUCAGACAAAAAAUAUUGAAAAUAGUAUCAAUUUAGUGAAUGAUGAAAAUAUUAAUAACAUAUGUAAUAUAUGCCUAAAAAUGCCUAAAAAUGGAGUAUUCAAUCAUGGAAAAAUUGGUCAUAUUUAUUGUUGUUAUUCAUGUGCAAAAAAAAUAUGGAAAAAAUCCAAUAAAUGUCCCUUAUGUAAUGUAAAAAUUAAAUUUGUGACAAAAAUGAUUAUUGUCUAAUAUUUAGUUUUUAUUGUUAAAAUAUUUUAUAGUUUAUUUCUACUUUUAAUUUAUUAUUGUUUAUUAUCAUUAUUAUUUAUUAAUUAUUGUCCAUUAUUAUCGAAUAUAAUUUUAGUUUAUUUAUUAUUGAUUACUUUUUACAAAUUAUAAUUAUAUGUUAUUUCUAAACUCAGUUUCAUAGUAUGAGAGUAAUUUCAGAUCUAGGCAAUGUAUUAACUUAACCUAACUAAUGUAUUGAGAAAUAUAGUCUGACUGACCGUAACUCACAAAAAUUAGUUGCUUCUUGAGGUUACUCUUAUAUGAGAAAGAGUGUAGAAAAUUAGUUAAUUGUUAUACAAAGAAUUUUGAUAAUUUUUAUACUUGAAUACUUAUUUUUUAUAACUAAAUGGUUAUAUUUUAAACUUUUUUUUUUAGAUUUGCACAUUGGCUGUGUUUAAUACAUUAAAAUUUUUUUUUAUAAUACUUUGUAAUUUUACAAUUGGUAUAAUGAUUAGAAUUCUUAAUAAUUAAUGUUAAAUAUAUUGAAACAUUUUUUAAAUGAGAGCUUGUCUUAAACUUAUACAAUUAUUGGUCCAGAAAAUAACCUUUAAAAAAUGUCAUUAAAUCAUAAGCUUUUAACUAAAAAAUAGUAAAGUGUUUAAAAUUUUAAGUACUAUCCCAUAAUGAAAUAGCUAGAGUAAGGAUAGUAUAAAUUUAGAAAGUAUUUUGUUACUUAUUCGGAAUAACUUUUUAGAAACAUGGUUUUUAUAGAAAUUUUAAUAAUUAAAUAGCUGAAUACAUAAGUUGUAAUUUUAAAUUAUAUUAUUCUGUGAUUGAUAUUAUAUCUCUUGCUUUUACUAUCCAGUUACCUGAUGGAAUUUAAGCGAUUGAGUAUGGUCUUAAAGUUGAUUAAAGCCUCUAAAAUAUUGAAUGAUACAAUUCCAUAUCAAUGAAUUUAACUAUUUUUUUUAAUUACCCAACCACAUAAUAGUACAACCUAAUUAUGACUAUGUAAAAUAUCCUUUGAAAUAUAUGCUAAUAUUUUGACAAAUCUUCUGCUCAAGCUCAAAACUAUAUUUUUUGCAUCCUAUGAUUUAUUGUUGAAGUCAAAAUAGUCAAAUGUAAUACAUCUAUUACAGUGAUCUACUCAACUCACAAGUACAUACGUCUAUAUUAAUCACCAGAACAACUUUUCUGGUUUUUUUGUUUUAUUUGAAUAGUUUCAGAAUUAUAUUUAGAAUACUAUAACCUAUAUAAUAUUUUGUUAAUUUUACAAAAAUUGUUUUGAUGAUAAGUAGUUAUAUUUUGUAAUUUCAAAUUCAGUAUAAAUAAUUAUACAUUGUUUUAUGUUGACCCAGUUACAUUUAUCCAAUCUAGUGGUUAUGGUUGGUGAGAUGGCAUUGUAACAUUAUGGUCAUAUAGUUUUAAAUUGUAAAUAGCCAAUUUGAUUUUUGAUUUUAGUUUUAAGUAAAUAUUUUUAAUAUCAGUCAACAAAUUAUUCUAAUUUUUUGCAUAAUUGGAAUUACUUCACUUAUUCAACUUUCAAAUUAAAAAGUACAUGUGAAGUUUUGUGUUUUGAGUUUUAUUUUUGUUUUUACAGUCCUAAUAUAAUAUCUACUUUGUGUGUUAAUAUUCCUGCUCUGUAUUAAUUAUUAAAUGUAUCUUUAAAAUCAUUUGUGAUGUUGACAUUUGAUUAGUUGUAAGAAUUAUAUGUAUAAUUAUAUGGUAGAAUCAUUUAGUUAUAAAAUGGUAUCCUUGAA